AAAAGCCUGCAUUGUUAAAGUGAAGCAGCAGCAACGAUAAGACACGGACGGACGAUUUUUUACUCCUGAGUGAGCGACAGUGAAAAAAAUAGAGGAACCGUUUUGAGGGCACGAUAAAGUGUCUAAAAUUUGCAUCAUAUCAUUAAGUACUGCUUAUAGUUCCGAUCGGAAGUAUUUCCUGCUUCAGUGAAAACCCGUGGAAGUGAAGGCAAAGCAUAUCGCUUGCACCACUCAAGCAGCAGCAGUAAGAUUGAACAGCGAAGGAUAUUUCUCAUUGCAGAAUUGGGCAGGAGAUUUACGCAAUUUAAUCCAAGGCAGAUAGAGAAUGAUGAACCUAGUGUUUGUUUGCCAGCGAAACUAGGACGCAUUAAACAUUUUGAGACGGUAUAUCAGAAAGGAAGCAGCAAGAAGAAAAUAUAUAGACAUGGCCAGCAGCAGGCUAUCGGUACGCAUUUUCAGCCUGUUGUUGAUCUUGAUACAGUUGGAAGAACAGGUUCGUUCACAGCCUUCGUCUGAUCAGCAGCAGCAGCAAAAUAAACAGAUUAGUUUUGGCGCACAGGAGAUGUUCUCACCCUCAUCACAAACACUAAUGGACGAAAUGUUUCAGCAUAAUGAUGGGGUUGUACGGGGAACAAUUGGUUCAGCAGUAGCAGGAGACAAGACGAGUCCAGAACUGGUGGGAAACUUGGUUUUCCAACCUAGUUUGCUGGAUUUCGUCGAGCGUUCUAUUGGCGAUCCGCACAAUCAGGUGGUGAUCCUGAUCAAUAAACACAAAAACCGCAGUGUAUUUCUGGGAUCUAUUUCCGGAAGUACACCCGUUUUCUACAGUUCAUACUUCAAAGAUAUGGUUAUUCCACCGGAGGGUAAUACUACUUUCAACGUAGUAUUUCUACCUCGUCGAUUGGGAGCCACAGCCGGAUCAAUUGAGAUUCAUACGUCUUUUGGUCUGCUGCAAUACCAGGUUAAAGGUAUCGGCAGGGAAUGUCCGUAUCGGCUCAGACCUCUUGUGAACUUAGUGGCUCCGUUGAAUGCAACGAUUAUGCCGGAGAUUACCAUGUAUAAUCCACAUGACACUCCGCUGCAAAUUAUGGAAAUCUAUAGCAGCGGAGGAAACUUUCAGCUCGAACUGCCCAGUGGGGCCCAGGAAGGUCCUCAAGCAUUAUGGGAAAUUCCUCCGCAUAGCACACGAAGUGUGAUCCGAGUGAGAUUUUAUGGUAAAGAAGCCGGCAACUACACGGCAUACGUCAGAAUUAAGAUCUCCGGCGGAAGUCAGGAGCCAUCGCUGGUGGAUAAAAUGCUUGUGGUUCCAAUUGAAAUCGAAAUCUACAAAGAGACUGGAAUCUACUCCAGGGUACCGUUCGUUAGCUUUGACACAGGUGGUACUAAUGGGAAUAUCUCACGGAUACACCUGAAUUUAAUUAACUCCGGGAAUCGGAAAGUCCACAUUAAACAAAUGGGUGUCCAGGCGGAUAGUUUACAAGUGACACAUGCGGUAAAGUUUUACGUUAUAUCGGAAGACCUGCAUCCCGUCGCCCAAGUUAAAAUUGAUUCGUCCAAAGUCAGUGUGGAUGGAGAAAUUUCGGGAAUUUUCUAUGCGCACUACACCUUGAGUGACUCUCCCAAUGAUGUGAUAUACAACUGCUUGAUUUAUUUUGCUUGUCUAAUUUUGAAAGGCAACCUUAAGUACAACGCAGACGCGCUAAAGUUUCUCACUUUCACCGGCGAAGACACUGAAGACCAGCAAAAUUCACAACUCGCCGUGCCACGGCCGCUGGUUGUGCAAAAUCAAUUCAGUGUGCCAUUUAGUAUCUCCAAUAUUACAGUACCUGAGAAUUGUUCUACGAAUUUCCGUGUCGAAGGAUUUCGGCCACGUGUUAUUCAUCCUGGACAAGAAGAAACCCUCCUGCGGAUAUCGCGCAUUCUGACGGAUAACCUGAACCGAUCGAUUGCCACGUACAUCCGGUUGAUGACUAAUAUGUCAGACUUCGAUCUGCCAGUCUACAGUUAUACCGGAAAACUUAAACGUAUUUUGCCCUUCUCGACGACGAACCCUCGCCCCGCUGCGGACUACGAGCGUCUAGAUUUGGACGAGCGCGAGCUCGAUUUUGGUAUUCUACCGAUCUCAACAAUCGGCGAAACGCUGAUCGCCUUUUUCAAUGCCAAUCCGGUGGAGAUCCCCAUACGCCACUGGAAGGGCGCCAUCACUUCGGACGGUGCCGAGGGAACGUCCACCAUAACCGUAAUCCUGCGCGGUUGUGGUCCCCACGCUGGUGAAAAUUUAAUUUUCUGCAGGCAAAUUCUACCAAAACACUGGAUCGUUUUCCAGAUCAGCGUUCAGUCGAGUACGACCGACAGCUACAGGGGUCAGUUCAGCAUAACGACAGACUACGAGGAGAUUGUGACACCCAUCAGUUUUACCACGGCGGUCGGCAAGCUGGAACUGAAUCGGGAGUUGCUGCGAUUUGAUAACUGCUUUCCGGGAAAACUCUGCUCGCUGAAUCUGACGGCCCACUCGACGUUCCUAUCGAAAAUCCACGUCGAAGGCAUCAAAACCGAUGUAGAUGGGAUAGAGUUCACCGUCGAGAGUCGUCAUCCGGUGAUUCAUCCGAAUACGAUAACCAACAUUGGCCGGUUGCUGUUCGAUCCGAAAGUGAUUUGCAAACUGGAUUGCUAUAGUAGUUUCGAUCUGCUCUCGAAGCCGUUUGGCGUCAAGUGGAUGGCUACGCUGGAUAAUUACGAACAGUAUCGGAGGCUGGACAGCGAGAAAUUACUGCAGCAGCUCCGGUUAUAUACCGAGAUGAAACAGUCGUGGAAAAGUAUAAGAUUCCAGCUGACGACGGAUCCGAUUAGGAAGUUUGAGUUUAACGCAAGCGUUGAUUUAGUGUGGCCAAAAUUGCUUACAGAAAAUAUUCAUUUUCCGACGCUGCAAAUCGAGCAGGAAGCAGUAAAACUGAUUACGAUUAACAAUCCGUCGGAUCAAAUUUUAUUUGUGCACCUUGUGCUGCACGACGUUAGUGUUCAUGGCAACAAUGUGAGUGCUUUACCCCCGGAAAUACUGUCCGGGUGUGAAAAUUGUAGCUUAAGCGAGGAGAACGUAUUUUCGUUCUUUUUAUUCGACUACGACGACAUUUAUGUGAACUAUGUGAAACCAAAAUCUUUCCUAAAGAUUGCAGUUAAAUUUACUUCGAAAACGCCGGGGACUUACUCGACAAUAUUUUACAUGCGUAACAAUUUAACGCUGAUCGAUGCCGUUUGGAUACAGGCGAAAGCUGUAGUACCACAGUUUAAAUUUGGCAAUCGGAAGCCAGGUUCUACGACAGCGUUGCAGUUCGAGAUUACCGAUAAACAUUUAAAGAUGUGCUCAAAGUUUCAAGAACCAGGUGCUGGCGAGGAUGAGAGUGGGAUGUCGAUCCAAACGAAGCGAUCCUUUACGGCACGAAACUACGGUGAAGUUCCAAUAGCGGUCUCGGCAAUACGUGUCGAGGACAUACUUUGUGAAGGAUACGGAUUCAAAGUGUUGGACUGCGCACCAUUUGAGCUGCAGCCGAAUGCGAGUAAAAAGAUUGAAAUAGCAUUCUCGCCGGACUUCACCCUGGCGCGGGUGACACGAACGUUGAACUUUGACACUAACAUAAAUUUUCCUGUAAAUUUUACCCUUCUGGGAACUGUUCCAGCUCAUGGGUUAGAAUCUUGUAGUUUAAGUUUAAAGAGACCGUGGUUCGAAGGAAUACUCAGAAUUGUUCUAAUCAGUGUUUUGUCGCUGGUUUUCGUUGGAACACUAAUGGCUGCAUUUUUGGACGCGAAUAAGGUGAUCAAAGAUCACGUACUUAAUAUGUCCCGUGAUAGAGGGCCCAUUCAACCCCCGUUGGAUCUACGUCAGAUUGCAUUACAAAGCUCAGCGACAGCAAACGAGGAUAGUUCCGAUAAGCCAACUGGGAAUCAAAACAACCAAGCUAGAAAGGGCCAAAAUUAUAACUCGAAAAAGCGAAUUCCGGCCAAGGAGGCGAAUUCGAAAGUUUCCAACGGCAGCGCUAACAAUUUCAACAAAACGUGGACAGAUUUUACUUCCAAGCUUAACAAAAGCUUCCAGUCGAAGCAAACCAGCGACAAAUUUUCACCUGAAACGGACAAACGGUCUCAAAAAAGUCGACGUUCAAUUACUCCUCCUAAGGAGGAAACGCAACUUCUAUCGCCGGUCUCAAGCUGUGCACCUAGCAGCAGUAGCAACAGCACCAAAGAACGAAACCGCCAACCGGUCGAGGAAGAUUCCAGCUCGACCACAACGGAAAGUUCGGAAACAUCAUCGACAAUGUCUUCGGCAUCCACGUCGUCCUCGUUGUCGUCAUCGGGCACAGCGGCUUACAAAGCGACAGCAUCGGCAGAGAUUGUAAAAUCUUCCAAAGCAGCAAACACAUCGACCAAUCAUCAGCAUCACGCUCAGUCUAAAACGUGUACCAGUGACUUAAAACCUGAAUCAAAUUCAGCGGGCUUCAGUCAAAGCCAUAGCAUUAAUCACCAACAGUCAAAGCCCUUACACCAUCAACCACAACCGUCUCAGGUGCAGAAAACGAACGUCAAGAAAACCAAAAGCCUCCCGGUCGGCUACGAGUCUGGAGCAUCCUUGCUCAACUCAUCGAAUACCGGUGGCAACAACUCCUCGCAACAAAAACAUUCGACUAUGGCGACGGUUGCGGUUAAGGAAUCCGGUGGCUUGCGCAACAGUAGUAAGAAUCAUCACUGCAAUGAAAAGGGAACGGGAAAAUCAAACAAGAAUUCUGAAAAGAGAGAACAUACGGGCAAGGAAAAUGGCAACGCGUACGGUGACUAUGGCGGAAAGAAUGACUCGUCCCAAUCGAAGAAAUUCGGAAAGACACCCGGUCGGGAACGUAAAUCAAAUAAUCAAGGCAAAAAGGGCUCUAAAAAUCUGCACAAAGCACAAGCUCUGCAAUUCACCUCACCGGGUGCGGGCAAAUCUGGUGCCUCGGGUACUAGUAACGGCGGUUCGAGCUUUUUCCUUACCAGCAGUAGCAUCCCAACCAGUCAAAUUCCUACACCGCCCAAUGUUUGGGGUGAAAAUCGCGCUCGUUUCAGUGACGUCGUAGCUCAGGCUACGUUGGACCGGUCCACCAGUUCUAAACUAUUGGCUUUCGAUUUGGGCGCGAAUAACUUCGUCUCACCAAGUACAUCUUCAACCGCUAUUGGGUCUAGUAAACAACAACAACAACCGCAGCAGCAGCAGAAAUUGCAGGAGGUUCCUAAAGUUGCAACGAGCUUGUUUGGCAAAACUAAGGAUGACACUUUUAUCGGGAUGGAAAAGGAGCUGAGCAUUACCGUUGGAGCCGGUUUGGCUCCUAUUGGAACAUCCAAAAAAUCACCUUCCUCAAUUACACCAAGAUGCUGGGAACCAUUCGGAAAUGUCGUCAACACUAGACCGCCCACAAGCAGUGUAGAUUUAGCAAAUUCAGACAGUUACUUCUCACAGUCCUUUGCUGAUUAUAACCACGCCAGUACUAGCGAUCAGUUCCGAUCGACCGGGGCCAUUAACAACGGCAGCGGUCGUUCGUUGACUGACUAUCAAUCGCAACAGUCUGCUUUCGCCGGCAUGAAUGGCUCGCACGGAGCUAACAACGGUAGUGCAUCCAGCUUGGCUCUUAUGAACGAUUUAAAUCCUAUGCUCAUCGAUCAACACGAUUGGGAUGAUAAUAAGCUUCUCUGGCAAAUGUUUCAAAAGAACGAUGACUUGAAUUUGCCGCCACUGAUUGAUUGGAAUUCGCCCUGGACAUCCCCAACAGUAUUUUCUCAACCGAGCAGCACCCAUUUACAACAGCAACCAACUUCACAGUCAUCAACCAUGCAAAUGAAUUCCCGUUUGACAAACAAUUGGCUGAAUGCGGGUGGAAGCUCACAAGCAUCGCAGAUGCCACUUCGAGCUCCACCUGGCUUUUCUCCCGUGAAGCCCACACCCACCAAUCAGACGCUACUGGUUCAAGCUCAUGGUCAUCAGACACAACAACAGCAACAAAUGCAGCAGCAUGAUCAUCAAAACAACGGAGCUGGGGGAGGCGCAACGUAUGAUCCAUUCCGUCUUAGCUCUAUUUGGGCACCGGCCAAUACCAACAAUGACGUGUGGAAUGAUAAAAAAUAGAGUGGUGGGGUGUUGAAACACGAUAGCAAACAGAACCGUUCUGUUUAAAAGAAGAACAAAACAGUAGUGACAUGGCUGAGUUUUCCUUAUUUUUUACUCUUUGAACUAAUUUUAUUGAACCGUAGAUACUCAAAGAAGGUUUUCAUUUAAAGUAGGAUUUUUUUUUCGUCAGUUUUUCUUGUGCUGUGAUUAAACCACACACGCUUAGUUACUAAUCAUUUCUCGUUCUGUUUUGAAUCGUUUCUAACCGCCUUGUUCUAGUUCUGCUCUAGAUGUUGGUUUAUACUCAAUACACUAAUGUUAUUAUUUUCCGGAUAGGCUCUAAAUUUAGUUGUUUCGUUUCUUUCGCUUAACAUUUUUUACAAUAACAAACAGUAGGUUCUGCAGCAAGCAGAAAGUGAAAUAGGUCGAGCGCCGGCGGAAUUUAAAAUGAGAGUAUUAAAUCAUAUAAUUGGAAGAAUACAAACAAAUGAAGAUUACACAAUAUUUAAAGUAUCUUUACAAAAAGACACAAAACUAAACUAAUAUUUUGAUUAACGAUUAAAUAUAGUAGGGAAAAACGGCUGCGCGAGCAGUUCGCUGUUGUAAUGCCCUACGCAACGAUUCAAAAGCUUCGGAAGGCUGGUGACAUUGCUACCACAGACCACUGAAAAAUUUACUAUCUCCACUUUACUUGGGAGUGAGUACAAAGCCUGUAUUCAAUGCAAUUUCAAAAUGAUAAAAUUUACUCCCGAAUGUUCCUAUAAAAAUUCUAUAGACAGAUUAAUUGUAUCAAUCUUCUCUGAUACAUUUUCAAGGGAAAUGAUAGAAAACCUUCGGUCUCGAACCCAUAUUUGAUGGAAACGGGUUACGAACUUGCCAAUAAAGUGGGGAAAGUACAUUAACGGUCGGAUUAUAACAAAACAAAACUUGGGCACGCUGAUGACGAACUAUACGCUAACGGACAAUUUGCUGAUGAUGAUGAUUGGACACUCGUACAAGUGAAAGUGAAUAACAGACGCAACAAUUGAGAAAAUAAACAAGAAAUUAAGGCAACAUUAAA